ACCAUUGAGAGUGUACUCCUCCAAUGUCGAGAACAACAAAUUUUUUAGCAGACCCAUUAAUUAAUUGAGCACUUGAAUUUUGAGCAGAAGCGUUAGUUUCGGAUGACUCUAAGUUAGACCAAUGAAUCGGAGAUUUUCGUAUGUAGUAAAAUUGAAUGUAAUAAUUGAUAAAAGUAAAAUAUUGAAGUCUUUUUAAAUUUUGAGUGUAUAGUAGUAGGUUAAGUAAUAAGUUUUGUGUAAUGCAGCGAAAAUGGUCUCAUUGGCUGACGAUAAAAUUCAUGAAAGCGUUUUAAAUCUCGCCAAAAGUAUAAACUAUGGUGAUACUAAGGGUACUUAUGAAAUCGUGGUCGCUACCGUUGAUGUUUUAAAGGAUAUUAUAACAAAUACGAAAUGGAGCAGAGCAAAAAACUUAAUGGACACUAUUAUUUUAAAUGGAAAACAUUUAAUCGAGGCUGCCCCAUUAGAAGCCUCGAUUGGAAAUAUGGUUCGCAGGAUACUUCAAAUUAUACGAGAAGAAUAUUCUUUGGAAUUGAAGAAUAAAACCGAUGAAAAUGAUCCUCAAGAAUCGUUACAUAAAAUUCUGACAUCCGAAGGGGAUCAGAAUAUGGAUUUUAUGAAAAUUGUCCCCUCUCUUAAAUCUGCUCUAUUAGAGCAUAUAAAUGAAUUUGAAACAGAACUAGAAACAUGUGCCGAAAAUAUAACUCAACAAGCAUCGGAACACAUUCAUUCUAAUGAAAUCAUUAUGACACUAGGUAGAUCUAGAUCGGUUGAACAAUUUUUCAAGAAAGCAGCAGAAACAAGAACUUUUGAAGUCAUUGUAGCGGAAGGUGCUCCAUUUCUUGAUGGUCAUGAAAUGGCUGCAAAUCUAUCAAAGGCUUGCAUAAAAACAACAUUGAUCUCGGAUGUAGCUAUUUUUGCAAUGAUGUCACGUGUCAACAAAGUCAUCAUAGGUACACACACAGUUAUGGCCAAUGGUGGCCUUAGAGCACUGACAGGUUCACAUACAGUAGCGCAAGCUGCAAAACACUACUCUGUUCCAGUAAUGGUGCUUUUACCCUUAUAUAAGUUGUCUCCGCUCUAUCUCUGCUUAUAUGAACAACAUGCUUUCAACAAGCAUGUCUCCCCCCUUCAGGGUGUGAUUAGUACCAAUAACACUGCUGUAAUGGAGAAUAGCCAGUCGUAUAAUCCAGUUUUUGAUUAUGUACCUCCAGAUCUUGUUACCCUCUUUAUCUCUAAUACAGGAGGAAAUGCCCCAUCGUAUAUCUAUAGACUGUUGGGAGAACUUUAUCAUCGAGAUGAUUACGAAUUAUAAGUACAUAAGGAUUCCAAUUACUACCAUCCUCUGGUUGUAGAGAAUUGGUAACCAGUAGAAUCACAUCUAUAACCCACCAA